CAUAGGGGAGAUGGAAGCCCCCGGUGGCGACGACAGCGUCCACUUCCCGAGUUACCCCUUCGACUUCCUGGAGUUCCUCAACCACCAACGCUUCGAGCCCAUGGAGCCCUAUGGCCACGAGCACCCCAAAACCCUGCCCGGCCUCCCCUGCGCUCAGCCCCCCUUCGACUACACCCCCACCCCCGGCGUCGUCCCCCCCCCAAAGCCUAAAGUGGAAGGCGCCGCUUCCUCCUCCUCCUCCUCCUCCUCCUCCUCCUCCCAGCCUAAGAAAGCAGAGGGGAGCGGGGGGGUCCAACCCCCAGCCCCCCCAUACCCCCCCCCGCCUGUCCCCGUGCCCCCGCAACCCCUCUUUGAGGCCACCAGCGCCUUCAACGCCCCUCAAUGGGGCAUCGUCGACCUCUCCGGCCACCACCAGCACCUCUUUGCGGGGCUGAAACGAGGGGGGACGAUGGCUACGGCGACCCCGGGGACCCCCCCACCGCUGCCUGGGGCCCCCCCGGAUAUGGGGACCAAGGAGGAGAAGGGGUACUUCCGGCGCCUCAAGUACCUGAUGGAGCGGCGCUUCCCCUGCGGCGUGUGCCAGAAGGCCUUCAAGCAGUCAUCGCACCUGGUGCAGCACAUGCUGGUGCACAGCGGCGAGCGGCCCUAUGAGUGCGGCACCUGCGGCCGCGCCUACAACCACGUCUCCAGCCUCAUCCGCCACCGGCGCUGCCAUAAGGAGCCCGGCGACGCCGGCGCCAACGCGGUGGUGGCCGCCACGACCGCGGUCAAUGUGGCGCCCAAUGGGGUCAGUGUAGGGCCCAAUGGGGUCAACGUGGCGCCCAGUGGGGUCAAUACACCCAACGGGGUCAAUGUGGCGCCCAAUGGAGUCAGCGUGGUCAACGUGGCACCCAAUGGAGUCAACGUGGUCAGCGUGGCACCCAAUGGGGUUAAUGCACCCAACACGGUCAACGUGGCACCCAAUGGGGUCAAUGCGCCCAACGUGGUCAACGUGGCGCCCAAUGGGGUCAAUGCACCCAACGUGGCGCCCAAUAGGGUCAGUGCACCCAACGUGGUCAACGUGGCGCCCAGUAGAGUCAAUGCAUCCAAUGCGGUCAGCGUGGCGCCCAAUGGAGUCAAUGUGGCAGCCAAUGGGGUCAACGCGCCCAAUGGAGUCAAUGCACCCAAUGCUGUCAAUGUGGCACCCAAUGCGGUCAACGUGGCGCCCAAUGGAGUCACCGAGGUCACCGUGGUGCCCAACGGGGUCGGCGCGUUGGUGAGCGGCGUCGCCGUGGCCCCCACCAGGGUCACCGUGGCACCCAAUGAGGUCAACGCCUUGGUGGUCGGGGUCAGCGCCGCGCCCAGUGGGGUCAACCCGUUGAGUGGCGUCAACGCCGCAGCCAAUAGAGUGAACGUGUUGGCGAGCGGGGUUAACGUAGCACCCAACGGCGUCACCGUAGCACCCGGCGCCUCCAACCCAACCGCCCCCCGCCUCAACCCGUUACCGAGCGGCCUCAUCCCCGCUCCCAGUGGCCUCCUCCUGGCUCCGGUGGGCGUCGCGGUGGCACCGAGCGGCGCCGCCUCGGAGGGCCCCUUCACGUGCCCUUUGUGCUGGAAGGUCUUCAAGAAGCCGAGCCACCUCCACCAGCACCAGAUCAUCCACACCGGCGAGAAGCCCUUCACCUGCUCCGUGUGCUCCAAGAGCUUCAACCGGCGCGAGAGCCUCACCCGCCACGUCAAGACCCACUCCGGUCUGCUCCGCGUGCCCUGCGGUGCUUGCGGCAAGGAGUUCCGCGACCCGGCUUACCUGCUGCGGCACCAGGCCGCGGCCCACGGUGCCCAGCGCCCCGGCUACGCCUGCGACGUCUGCGGCAAAGCCUACGCCGCGCCGCAGAGCCUGCUCCGGCACCGGCAGCUCCACGCCGGCGGCCACAAACCCUUCGCUGCCGGCGCCGCCGCGGUGCUGCCGCCGGGGAAGAGCUUCGGCUGCGGCGUCUGCGGGCGCUGCUUCGGGCGCCGGGAGACGCUCAAGCGCCACGAGCGCAUCCACACGGGCGAGAAGCCGCACCAGUGCGCCGUGUGCGGCAAGCGCUUCCGCGAGUCCUUCCACCUCAGCAAGCACCACGUGGUGCACACGCGCGAGCGGCCCUACAAGUGCGAGCUCUGCGGCAAGGCCUUUGGUUACCCGCAGAGCCUCACCCGGCACAAGCAGAUCCACCGCAUGCCCCUGCCCGGUGCCGCCGCCGCCGCCGAGGGGUUGAGCUAUGGCUGUGCCGAGUGCGGCGAGCGCUUCCCGGACCUCCUGCGCGCCGUGGGCCAUAAGGAAGCGCACGCUCAGGACAAGCCCUACGGUUGUGAUGCCUGUGGCAAAGCCUUCGGCUUCCUGGAGAACCUCAUGUGGCACAAACUGAGCCAUCAGCCGGCACCGGAGCGCUUGUUACCGCUGGCGCCGGAGCCGCCGGAGCCGCCGCCGUUGGUGCCGAGCGCCGAACGCUUCACGUGCGGGCGCUGCGGCCGCAGCUUCCGCCGCUUCCUGGCGCUGGUGACGCACAAAUACCGGCACCUCCCAUCGCCGCAGCGGCCCCCGGCCUGCUCCGAGUGCGGGCGCCGCUUCCCGGGCGCCUUCGAGCUCCUUCGGCACCGCCGGCACCACCGGAGCCGCUGCCGCACUUGCGGGCGCCGCUUCUGGGCCUCGGCGCUGCUGCGGUGGCACCGGCGCCGCUGCCCCGGUGAGGAUCGGCCCCAUCGCUGCGGCGCCUGCGCCCGGCGCUUCCGGCACCGCUGGGCCUUGCGGCGGCACCGCCUGGUGCACGCGGCCGCCCGCGCCUUCAAGUGCGCCCUGUGCCGGCGACGGUUCCCCGCGCCCGCGGCCCUCGGCGAGCACCAGCGCCUGCAGCACGGCCCCGGCGUGAGGAGGCGGCGCUGCCGAGCCUGCGGGUGCCGGUUCCGGUACCGCCGGAACCUCCUGGAGCACCGGCGCGGGCAGCACGGGGCCUACGGCUGCGAGCGCUGCGGGAAGAGCUUCUUCCAGCUCGGCUGCGCCCUCGGGCACCGGAGCUGCCGGAGGAGGAGGCCUCGGG